AAAUUAAGAAUGGAGUUGUUUGGUUUAUUUGAGUUAUUCAUUGCUUUCAAUUUAAUGCCCUUGGUCUUUAUAUUCCUUUGGUAUCUUAUUAUUGGAGAUUUUAAGAAUUUUAAAGCCAGUAAAGUGGCCUGCACUAAUUUUACCGCAACAGACCCGGUUAAUUGUUAUCAGAAUUACAAGAAAUCAAAUUAAGUCAAUAAUUAAUAUGACGCAUUAUCGAUAUAGUCUGAGUUUUUGUUAAAAAAAAUGCUUAAUUGAUUAAGAUACAAAAUAAUUACCACAUAAUUCCAUGA